GGCACUUGGAUUUGACUAAAACAAUCUUUCAAAAUUAAAAUAAUUGUGGGAUUAAUGGAGACGAAAUGUCCACCAUUUGGGUUUGCAGGGCAAUACUACCAAAGUUCAGGAGGUAAUUGUGUGAGGCAAACUAGCUUCUUUGGUGGAAAACCAGUGCUAAAUCAAGGUGUUGGCUAUUCUGUUAUUUUGGGUUUUGGUGCUUUCUUUGCUGUCUUCACCUCUUUUCUGGUGUGGUUGGAGAAACGAUAUGUUGGCUCACGUCACACAUCAGAAUGGUUUAACACUGCGGGUAGAUCAGUUAAAACUGGGCUCAUAGCCAGUGUUAUUGUCUCACAGUGGACAUGGGCAGCCACAAUCUUGCAGAGCUCUAAUGUUGCUUGGCAAUAUGGUAUCAGUGGUCCUUUUUGGUAUGCAAGUGGUGCUACUAUCCAGGUUAUUCUGUUUGGAAUCAUUGCAAUAGAAAUCAAGAGAAAAGCUCCUCAUGCUCAUACAGUCUGUGAAAUUGUGAAGGCUAGAUGGGGAACGGCUGCGCACAUGACAUUUCUAAUAUUCUGUUUCUUCACAAACAUAAUAGUAACAGCAAUGCUACUCCUGGGUGGUUCUGCUGUUGUAAAUGCACUUACAGGAGUAAAUCUAUAUGCUGCUAGUUUCCUGAUACCCCUUGGAGUUGUUGUUUACACACUAGCCGGAGGACUGAAAGCCACCUUUCUUGCAAGCUAUAUACAUUCAGUGAUCGUACAUGUGGUGCUGGUAACUUUCGUGUUCCUAGUUUACACAGCAAGCAAGGAACUAGGCAGUCCUGCUAUAAUUUAUGAGCGACUCAAAGAAGUUUCAAGCAGAUCAAGACUUUGUAUGGAGCCUAUUUCUCAUGCAGGGCAAUCUUGUGGUCCAGCAGAUGGGAAUUACAAAGGAUCUUACCUCACCAUGUUGAGCUCAGGUGGACUUGUUUUCGGGAUUAUCAACAUUGUUGGCAACUUCGGGACCGUCUUUGUUGACAAUGGGUAUUGGGUAAGUGCAAUAGCAGCAAGGCCUUCAUCAACACAUAAGGGCUAUUUGUUGGGUGGUUUGGUGUGGUUUGCAGUGCCAUUCUCUUUGGCAACAUCAUUGGGUAUCGCGGCUCUUGCUCUAGAUUUGCCUAUAACUGCAAGUGAAGCCAAUCAUGGCCUUGUUCCCCCUGCUGCAGCUGUUGCUUUGAUGGGGACAUCAGGAUCCGUUUUGCUCCUCACUAUGCUCUUUAUGGCUGUAACAUCUGCAGGAUCAGCCGAGUUGAUAGCAGUAUCAUCACUAUGCACAUAUGACAUCUACAGAACUUACAUCAACCCAAACGCAACAGGAAAGCAAAUACUCAAAGUUUCAAGAAUAAUAAUCCUAGCAUUUGGUUGUUUCAUGGGAGUAUUAGCAGUAAUACUAAACAAAGCAGGGGUUUCACUAGGUUGGAUGUACUUAGCCAUGGGAGUGUUUGUUGGAUCAGCAGUUAUGCCCAUCGCGUUCUCCCUCCUAUGGAGGAAGGCGAACUCCAUAGGAGCCAUCCUCGGAGCAACCAUUGGUUGUGUUUUGGGUGUAAUUACUUGGUUGUCAGUAACAAAGAUCGAGUAUGGGAGGGUAAAUCUUGAUACAACAGGAAGGAACACGCCUAUGCUUGCAGGAAACCUGGUGUCUAUUCUUAGUGGUGGAGCAAUUCAUGCUGUUUGUAGCUUCCUGUGGCCUCAGAAUUAUGACUGGGAUACUACUAAGAAGAUUAGCAUGGUUGAGAAAGAUAUGACUGAGGUUUCUUCUGAUGAGUUUGAAGAAGAGAAACUCAGGAAAGCCAAGGCAUGGAUUGUGAGAUGGGGUCUUGUUUUUACUGCUGUGAUUGUCAUUCUUUGGCCUGCUCUUAGCCUCCCUGCAGGAGUAUUUAGUUUGAAAUAUUUCACAGUAUGGGCAAUAAUUGCAAUAGCAUGGGGAACCAUAGGAUCUGCAAUUAUAAUAGCAAUGCCAUUGAUGGAGAGCUGGAAAACUAUUCAAAGUGUAUUAUCAGGGAUGUUCACCAACGACAGGCUACUCGAAAGGAUCGAGGAGCUGAAUUCAAAGAUGAACACGAUCAUACAAGCGAUCCCUGAAGCAGAACGUCAACUUCACUUGCUUGAGAAAGAGAAGACGAACAAGAAAGAUUUGUUAGAUGAUGAUGAUCAAAUAGAACAACUCCAUCGUUUAGCUUGACAAACGACUUUAAAGGGGUUUAAUUUCGCUUUUUUUUUUGGGUGCAAAUGAGUCACAAUGGCGGGAAUGAGAAUCAAUCUCAGGAUUACCUGAAAUCGGAAGAGAAACUCUAAUUAACUGAGUUAUCCCCCACUGUCGUCAAUUUCGCAUUGUUGUGGUAUGGAAAGAGAAAUCUAUACAUUCCAAAUUGUAUGAAGUGUUUGAAUGUGUUUGGUCUUCCUAGUUAAAAUUUGCAAAAUAUAUUUAGUGGUGCUCGUUCGCAUCACUGCCUG